GAACACACACACACACACACACACACCCCUCCUCCUUGGGAGGUGGUUGCGCUCCCGUCCGUUCAGGGUGCAUUGGCGCCGGGUUGUACCAUUGCCAGUAAGGGACUUUCCCCCCCGCGUUCGCUGAAUGGAGCCGCCCUGUUUUCCCGGCCUCCUUUGCGCUGCUCGUCCUCGGGACUAGGGAAGCGUCGGAGCGGGAGAGAGACCAGCAUUGGCCGAGAGGUGGCCCAGAGGUCAGCCUUGCAAACGAGCCAGGAACCAAUACAAUGACUACUUUAGAUGAUAAACUGCUUGGUGAGAAGCUCCAGUACUACUACAGCAGCAGUGAAGAUGAAGACAGUGAGAGAGAAGAUAAAGUCAGAGCGAGCACUAUUCCUGAGACGGUUGAUGGGGAGGUGCUGAGUAGCGAUGGCACUGCAGUUAACACAGGUCCAAAGGGUGUCAUAAAUGAUUGGCGAAGAUUCAAACAACUGGAGACGGAGCAGCGAGAGGAGCAGUGUAGAGAGAUGGAACGACUUAUAAAAAAAUUAUCCAUGACCUGCAGAUCUCACAUGGAUGAAGAGAAGGAUAAACAGAAGCAGAAAGAACUUCAGGAAAAAAUCAAUGGAAAGAUGACUUUACAAGAAUAUAACAUGAUUCAUGAUGGCGAAGAUGAUGAAGAUUUUUUACAGCAAUACAGGAAACAGCGAAUGGAGGAGAUGAGGCAGCAGCUGCAUAGUGGGCAGCAGUUUAAGCAGGUUUUUGAGAUCACCAGUGGGGAAGGGUUUUUGGACACAGUUGAUAAAGAACACAAGAACACGUUGAUCAUGAUCCACAUCUAUGAAGAUGACAUCCCUGGCUCUGAAUCUGUGAAUGGCUGCAUGAUCUGUCUUGCUGCUGAGUACCCAACAGUCAAAUUUUGUCGAGUAAAGAGUUCCCUGAUUGGUGCCAGCACUCGCUUUACUAAUAAUGCUCUACCUGCUUUGCUCAUCUAUAAGGGAGGGGAGCUAAUUGGCAACUUUGUCCGAAUCACCGACCAGCUUGGAGAAGAUUUUUUUGCUGUGGACCUGGAGGCUUUUUUACAGGAGUGUGGUCUGCUCCCAGAGAAGGAUCUGCUGCUGCUGACUUCCAUAUGUAACCCAUCUGCAUGUUAUAGUGAAGACAGUGAUUUGGAGAUAGACUGAAAAAAGUGAACGAAGGGUUCAGUAAGCUGGGGUUGCCCUGUGGGGUCUCUUGUUGCUGUAGAUUGUUCAUUUGUUCUUUUCUGUAUUUUUUGUAUAUUUUUCCCCUCCCUCCCAUGCACUUUGGCUUUUAGCCUAUUAGUACUUUGAGUCUUUAUUCUAUGUAAUGUAAAGAAUUCUUAACAUUUUGUUAAAUUACUUCAAUAAAAUGUAAACUAAAACUGUC